CGUUAAUUUAUAAAAAAGGUAGAUUAUAGUAGUGUUUUGAUCUAUCGAAAGGCUAGAGGAGUAAGUCUUUAACAUCCAACUGGGACAUUGUACUAGAAGAUGACCUUCAAGGUUGGAGUGGGUGGAUGCCUCCUCUCUCUCUUACUAUCCGAAUUUACAGUACUAUUCGUAUCUAGGAACACUCAUUUAUAUUUUGGGAAAUUUAUAUUUUAAAUAAGAUACUAGAAUUUUCGUUAGAUUGGAUUUUAUCUACCGGAUGUUAACUCUUUGAGGUAGGUGACGGGAAAUGAUGUCAUCGAGUGACCGUUUGAGGGGGAGUAGCAGAGGCGGAUAGACGAACGUACAAACUAGUCUUGAGGUUAAACGUGGGUGAUGUUUGUUCGAAUUUUAUCAGUUAUACUUUUACCGUUUUUUUUUCUUACUCUAAAUAUUCAGAAUAGGAUGACAUAUGGUUUUAUUUUAUGCUUUAUAAGAGGAUCUUAUUCAAGCAUUAAUGUAAAUGUGGUAACGGGAUAUAGAACAGAAUUUUAGAUUAAAUUUUCCGGAUCUUAUGUAUUAUUAUAAUUAAAAAUAUAACGACUUAACUAAUUAUUCUACAGAUAAUUAAUAAUAAUGAAAAUGUGAGAAAAUAUCCCCAGACAUCUCGAUGCUUAGAAAUCAGUUUACAAUGAAAAAUUUUCCCCAAGUUCCGCUGAAGUGGCAUUAAAGAUUAUUAGUUUUAUCUAAUUAACGUUUAUUUUUGUCAGUACACAAAAGAUAUUUUAAUCAAUAUUAUUAAUCGAUAACACUGCGAUUUUUCGAACCUUUGAGGUAUAACAGCUCUGUAUUUCGGAUUUGAAGCAAAGUUUUCUAAUCCGCUGCGUGUCAUAUUUCCGCACCAUAAACGUAUAAUUACAAGAAAAAAGUUGCAAAAAAAAUUUUGUACGGAACUUUUAACUUUUCUAAGUAAUUUCGAUAUCAAAUCUUGUUUAUUUGAUUGCAUUAAAUUGACUUUUUUCGAAAGAUAGUUAAGAGGAAACAAUAAAAUUUGAAAAAUUGGGACUACGAACAUUAGGAUGAUUGGGAUUUUAGAGCAGCUAAAACAAUAAGGAUUAAUUGAGAAAGUAUUUCUUUUAAAAUUAUAUAAAUCUAUAAUAUUUUAUUAUAUAAUAGAAGCCAAUAUAAAAAGUUUUUGGUAAUCUUAAUGUAACUUUUACAUCAUUACAAAAAGCGUUGCUUUAAACCAGUUUCUAGAAUAGUUUUAUUUAAUUAUGAAUCAACAAUAAGACUUAAUCAAAAAUGCUCUUUCAAAAACUGUAGCAUUCAGAGCAUGAAAACAGCAUUAAUAAUUUUUUAAGCCCGAUAAAAAUAAUAUAUCAUUGUCAAUUUUGCAUUUAUCGAAGUGAAGAAAAUUGCUUAUUUCGAACAGCAUAACAACAGUAUUGUGACAUGGAAAAACACGAAGAGAAUAAAUAAUAGUGACAUUUGUAUAUGGACUAUUAUUUAUAUUUGUCUAACUUGUAAAUGUCAAGGUUCGUAAUCAAACAGAUCAUAUAUCGCUAAUUCGUCAUUUUCAAUAAAAGUGUUUAUUCAUCCCAGUUAUAUUGACCUGAAUGAACGUUAACCCAUUUAAGUUGCUAACUCUUGAAUUUAUUGUGGAUAUGCCUAGAAUAUAUCGCUUAGUCAGGUGGAUUCAAAACCCAUAUGUAGGAGUGCAUGCUGACAAAACUUGUUAUUAAUCUUUUUCAAUACGUCAUAAAUUUCCUGCCUAGCAUAUUUCCUUCUACGUCGUUUGGAUUAUUCAGUACCAGCUCUAUGUUGUCUCUGGCAUUUUCUCCCUUAGUCAUCUCUUCUAAUAUUGAUCUAUUUAAGAUAAAUGUGAGCGAUAUUUUCGAAAUUAUUCGUACGAAAAGAAAUUGUGAUUGCCAUGAAUCUAUAAAACAACAGAUUUUAAUAGACGAUUUAUCCAAUAAUUUGUACACAGUGUUUCUUCGAAAGUUACUCGAAUCUAAACAGUGCGGUUUGGGUGCCACGAGGACCACAGAUCCGCAAAGUGUUCUGUCUAAUGAAUCCCUUAACGAUAGUCCCUCAUGUGGACUGCUAUCAGGACAGAUGAUUGGUUCAGAUAGGUCAACAAUGACUGGAAGCAACAAUGAAACUUCAGAAAGCCAACCUUGGCUAACAGAUGUUACAACUGGAAAUAUAAGAAAUAUUCCACAUGGAGGAGGAAUGUUACAAUUACCAUCGUCUAGUGUUUGUGGGGCAGAGUCUGGUCCUUUGUUUCCAAAUCAGUCAGGUACUUUUCGUCCUACUAUGCCUAUGUUAACCCCUCCAAAUCUUGCUAGUCAGCAACAACGCUAUGCUCCGCAAUUUCAGAGUCACUUUCCAUCUAUUGGUGGGUCCAAUUUAUCUUUAUAUUAUCGACAGUCACAUAUGACUUAUCCUCCAGUCUAUACUCAUUAUAGACCACAGAUGUCUGGGACCACUCCUACCAUUGUGCCUGGAAAUCAAUAUAUUCAAGUAGAACCUUUUCCUCUUUUAAGUAGUAUGCAAAAUGUAGUUUCUUACACUCAACCUCAUCUACCUCAUUCUUCAGCAAUCCGAGCUAAUCCUUUGGGGUCAAGAGAUACUUCGUCUUAUUCGCAGUUUCAGAUGCCUGAUAAAAACAGAGAAGAAACCAAUUCAAUAUUGCCAUAUUCUUCAUUGAUCUCUAAACAAGAAAAACAGUUAUCUAAGUCACCAUCACUAGCAGAUAAAGAUGCCAAAUCAACUCAGGUAAACAGAACUUUGAGAAAUGAACAAACAAGUUUUAUAGAUCCCAAUGUAUGUAGAGAAAAAGGACUAAUCACAAUGAAGACACAAUCUUUAUCAUCAUCUACAUAUCAGAUUCCAUCUGGAAAAGAAGGAAGUCUGAAACAUAGAAUUUUACGACCUCCCCAAAACAUUGAUAUUAUACCAUCGUCAAUUUCUGUUAUUAAUGAAGCACCUCAUUCAGCUCCACCAAUUGCACGAGAUAGAAGUAAGGAAGUUACUUCUCCAAAACAGGCUAGAUAUAGCACUUCAGUAGUUUCAAAGCAUGAACCAACAUAUUCUUUAUCUCAUCAGAGUUCUUUGAAUCAAAGUGCAGUAAUUUCUACAAGAUCCCACCUUCAUCAUCCAACAUAUUUUACUAAAGGCUCAAUUAUCCAAUUAGCAAAUGGUCAUUUGAAACAAGUAGAAGAAUUAACAACAAAUGAUUUUGUUGAAAGUGCAGCCCUUAGCACUAAUUUAUCCAUGGACCAGAGUACAGUUGUAAAAAUUAAAGAAAUACCAGAAUCUGGCUUGGCAGUACUUGGCUUUAGUGUUGGAUUGAAACAAGUACAGGUAACUGUUGAAGCACCAUUAGAACAUCCAUUUUUUAUUUUUAAUCAGGGAUGGUCAUCAUGUUCGCCUGAACAAUCCCAACAACGAUAUAGGUUGACAUGUAGCAAACUUAAAGUUGGAGACAUAUGUAUCUCAUUAACUCAUAAAAAUACACAAACUUCUGGACAGUCACUUCCUUCAUAUGUUUGUGAUUCAAAACCUGUUUUAGUGCCAAAUUCAGUUGCCAAUCCAAAUCAGAGUGCCAUAUUUUUGCCUUUACAAAAAUUUCACUCACAUGAUCAUAAAAAAUCUGAUAAUACUGUGUGCCACACUCCAGAUUCUCUUCAUUCUGAUAAAAACGCGUCGCAGGUGAGAACGACAAGAAAGCGACGCUGGUCGGCGCCCGAUCAAUUCUCGUUUUGAUGACGUGCAAAAUAAUCUGCAUAUUAAUUAAUUAAAAAACAACACCUUGCAAGUGAAUUGUGAUCUUUUUACAACUGUUUUUUGUAAAUAUUAUUCAGCUUAAAAUAAUUGUGUUUGUUGUUUGUACAUUGAUAUACCAGAGUUAAAAAUUAUUCUCUUUAAUGCUUCAAAUCUUGACACUUUUCGUUACUUUAAUUAUAUUAGUAUAUAUAUUAUAUAUAUAUAUUUAAAAAAGAUUUUGUAUUUUUAUUGAAUUUCUCUUUGCAGCUCAGGUUGCAACUAUUUGCUAAAUUAACUAAUUAUAUUGGGAAGAUAUGAUCUUAAGGAUAUUGCCUGUGUGCUAAGUAAGCUACACGAAACUUAAUGAAACAACUUUAAGCUUUCCAGAGGGUAAUUAUUCUUGAGAUAACAUCGAUAUUCCUUUGAAGGAAUAAAAUUUUCCACAUGAAAAUUAAUAAGAACUGUGAUAAUUUUGAAUCCUGGUAUGUUCCUCAGCUAAAUUGGAUCUCUGUCAAUUUUUUUCCUAAGUUUGCAUCUAAUAUGUAAUUAUAGCAGAUGUAUGUAAAAAAAAUAUAUAUGUUUGUUUGUCUAAAUGUAUGUGUGUGCAUUUGUACAUGCCAGAAUGUGCUGUACAAACACACACCAAAUAUAUACUGUAGCAUUCAGGUUAAAUCAUUUGAGUUAGUGUCCUUAAGCUUUUAGAAAAGGCAUUUUAAUAAUGAAUAAAAUUAUCUGUAAAAUUAUACUUUUCUUUUUAUACAGGAUUUUUUGAAAAAUAAUUGACAUUUUAAAAAUCUACAAUUUUGUAACCAUAAUUAUAACCAUACAAAUAUGUUGGAUUUCUUUAUAAUGCAAAUUUAAGUUGAUUACAUAUAUCAGGACUGGCCAUAUGUUGCCUACCAGAAUUACAAAAGCUAAAUUCUCUACGAAAACUGUAUUUUAUAUAAGUUUAUAUAUAUACAUAACUUAUACAAGAACUGCAGUAAGGGUCUAGAAGAGCUAUAAUGUGGUCACCAUAGACAUGUAUUGUCAUUUUCUUCUUGAACAUUCAACAAUAUCUUUGAGUAUUCUGCUAGAUUAAUUACAUAUUUUGGCUAAUUUUUUAACUAUUAAAUUGAAUUAGAUGUAUUUAAGAUAACUUCAAAGCCAAGACCUUGUGAUUUUACAUAAUUACAGGAAAAGGUUAUCUAUCAAAAGUAUUUCUCAAAUAUUGAAUGGUAAAUUAAAUUCCAUUAAUUCUCAAGCACACAAUUUUUAUAUAACCUCACUACAUAACAAAAUUGAAAUGUCAAUUAUUUUUGAAUGAUUAUUAUUAUUCCAUAUAUAUAGUGGUUGUGACUGUUAGUUACUUUAUUGGAAAGAAAAGCUGAUUUUGCAGAUUUUAUUGAGCAUUCGGAAUGCUUUAUCUAAAGGUUUACAAUGACCAAAAAUAUGACUUUUGCCUGAAUGCCAUUGAUAUAUGCUUGUACAGUAUAGACUAUUCAGAGCUUUUUCUGGAAUUGUGACAACAAAUUCGUGCUGUUUUAUACAAAUGCAGUUAUACAACACAAUAAAAAGUUGUUAAUUUAAA